CUGCUCAUCAGACAUCCACUUGCACUUACUCCUACGACCGGUUUGUAAUAGGCACAAGAUGGCCCAUGUAGCAGAGAAAAAACACGAGCGUAGCUGCCUCGCUGAUGCGCUGCCGGCGACGAACGGUGCUGACAACCUCACUGAGCUCAUCCAGUCACUGCCCGUCGAGAAGCGGUUACUGCUGCCGCCCGCCGGCUCGCAGAGGCGACAGUACCGUGGGUACUGGUUCCCGGAGUGGCACCUGUCGGCCCUGGCGGCUGUCCGUGACCACUUCGAGCCCAAGCCAACGGACAUGUUCCUGGUGAGCUGCCCCAAGUCCGGCACCACCUGGCUUAAAUCACUGGCCUUCGCCACCGUGCAUCGUGAUGUCCACCCGCCGUCCAGCCGCGAGCACCCUCUCUUGCACAAAAACCCACAUGGCUGCGUCGAAUUCAUCCACGCAAUCUAUCGGCAACCGGUCGACGUUGCGCGGGGCAUCGUCGAGGCGUACCCUUCGCCGCGCAUCUUCGGCACCCACUUCCCCUUGUCCUUGCUGCCGGAGCACAUCAGCGGCGAUGGCAGCGGGUGCCGGAUCGUCUACAUCUGCCGGGACCCCAAGGACGUGGUCAUCUCGUGGUGGUGGUUCAUGCGCACCUACGUCCCAAACCCCGAGCAGCUCCAGUUCGAGGAGGUGUUCGAUUUGUUCUGCGAGGGCCGCACAGGCGCGGGCCCUUAUUGGCUCCACGCCCUCGAGCAUUGGGAGGAGAGCCGGAGAAGGCCUGACAAGGUGCUGUUCCUCAAGUAUGAGGAGCUGCUGCGAGACCCGCAUGGUAAUCUUAGGAGGCUGGCGGAGUUUUUGGGGUGCCCCUUCUCUGAGGCGGAGGAGAAAGCCGGUGUCAUGGAUGCCAUCUUGGAGCUCUGUAGCCUGGACAAGCUAAAGAAGCUGGAGGUGAACCAGAGCGGCAACAAGUUGAAGGACGGACCCGUGAUGAACCAUUCCUUCUUCAGGAAGGGGGUGUCCGGUGACUGGAUCAACACCAUGACGCCGGAGAUGGCGGCACGGCUCGAUGCAAUCGUCCAACAAGCACUGCAAGGCACUGGAUUUGGCUUUGGCAUCUCCACGCAACAGUAAUAUAAUCAAUCAUGUAUUCCUACACCGUAUCUCCUGCAGCUGGUAGCCCUGGAGGAACUGUGAAGGCAUUCUAUACCGUCAUGAUGCAUAUAUCCAAUGUGCCUCAGCUCGGGUGUUUUGUUUUUCCUUUUUGUAUAUAAGCCGAUUCAUCGGUAUCAAUGCUUGGCUUGUUUGGCAUUGUUGUUAAAUAAUCAAUAAUAUAUGUAUCAGUGUGUGCAUGUUGGCGUUA